GGCAGCGCAAUUUUGAAUUUACAUGUCUGAAUAUUCCGUCAGUUGAUAAACCUGUAUAUUUCUAGAUAGGACAAGCAAUUUUACAAUUGGAACCUGUCAGAGGUUGCAGAUUUGGGACUAGAGCAAUAACUAGGUCAUAAUGGCAGAUUUCAAGUCCAUGCAUAGACCUUAUACUGAAGACCCCAUGUCUGAUAUGGAGUUCACUGUGAAGAAGGAGCCAUUUUGGAUUUCUGAUGCAGAAGAAGAAAACCAACAACUGUUGAUAGUGAAGAAGGAGAGGAGAGAUUUUGAACCCCAUUCAAAUAUUCAGAACGAUACUGAAAAAUUACAGAACUAUUGUUCAGAUGAAGAUCAAACUGGAAGUUUAGAAAGACACAUCAACACAGAUGUAAGUAAACAGCCAUUAAGGCGUAACAGUUGGAAAGGUUCAACUAGUUCAGAUCAAUUACAGAGACAAAUAAGUUGUCAAACCAGGGAGGAAAGUUUUAAGUGUGAAAUUUUUGGAAAGGCAUUGUCUGUAUCAGAUGACUUUGCUGUCUACAUGAGGACACAAACUGGUAAUGAAUCUUAUUGUUCCGAUGCGUUUGAAAAAAUGUUUAAACAAACUGGUACCUUACAAAGAAAUAUGAGGACACACACAGAUAAUAAUAGUCUUUAUAAAUGUGAUUUGUGUGAAAAACCCUUCAACCAAUUUUCUGGUUUAAAAAAGCAUGUGAGGAUACAUACAGGUGAUAAACCUUAUAAAUGUGAAAUGUGUGGAAAGUUAUUUUCUGAAUUAGGCAACUUGCAGAAACACAUGAGGACACAUACUGGUGAUAAGCCUUAUAAAUGUGAUGUAUGUGAGAAGACAUUCCUCCGCGUGGAUGUUUUACACAACCACAUGAGAAUACAUACAGGUGAUAAAUCGUAUAAAUGUGAUGUAUGUGGAAAGGCAUUCAACUGGCCAGGAAACUUACUAACACACAUGAAGAUACACACAGGUGAUAAACAUUAUAAAUGUGAUAAGUGUUGGAAGUCAUUCCAUCAGUCAUAUAACUUUAAGAGACACAUGAGGACACAUGCAGAUGAUAAACCUUAUAGAUGUAAUAUGUGUGAAAGAGCUUUCAAGGAAGCUCAGUCCUUAAAGGACCAUAUGAUGAUACAUACAGGUGAAAAACCUUACAGAUGUGUCGUAUGUGGACAGACAUUCAGCAGAUCUAAUAGCUUAAAAAUACACAUGAGGAUGCAUACAGGUGAAAAACCUUAUAAAUGUGAUAUAUGUGGAAAAGCAUUCAUCUGGUCAUGUCAUUUAAAGAGACACAUGAGGACACAUACAGGUGAAAAACCUUAUACAUGUGAUGUGUGUGGGAAGGCAUUUAACCGUUCAAGUACCAAACAGAGACACAUGAGGAUACACACAGGAGAUAAUUCAUAUGGAUGUGAUGUGUGUGGACAGACAUUUAGCAGACGAUAUAUCUUAAAGAAUCAUAUAAAGACACAUCAGAUGAUAACCUAAAAACGAAGUGUACACAGUCAGUCAUAUGACAUAGAAAUUAACUCACCUGUUAAUGUGUGGUGUCUCAAAAUCAGAUUCGUCAAAGAAGAAAAUAAACAGACGGAUAUCACAAAUUUCAAUGUUUAACCACAUUAACCAAAAACAAAAAAAUACUUCAAAAGUCUAAAAAAAAAAAAUUGUAUUUUUUUUUUGACAUCUGUAUCAACAUAAAUAAGAAUAUGACCCAAGUGUGCACGGGUUGAUAUUGUUAUGAAAUUGAUGGAUCCAUGUGCUUAUGAUAUUUACAAAAUAGGUACGAGGGGCAUUUUAAAAGUCCUGAGAAUAGUUUAAUAAAAAUGUAACCGUU